GCACUGCCGGGUCCCGGAGCCCCCUGAGCACCACAGCGGGGCCAAAUCCUGCCCCAGGGCCAGAUCCUGAACCCAAUCCUUGCUCUUCCCUUGUGCAAUUGCGAGAGCUGCUAACACAACGCUCUGACCCCAACGGCGUGAGCGGUGUUUCAGACACCGGGAGCAUCCAACAAUGAGGAAAAUGCAUCCCCAAAAAUGUAAUAACACUGGUGGUCGACCAAAACCAACUGCUGCCACCGAAACUGGGCUCCCUUUGAUUUUUUCGUGUUCGUAACUAUAUUAGAAACCCUGUGUUAGCCCCAUGCAAUUUGUGCUUUCCAGCCUCGGGGCCAAAUACCCUUGGAGCAGAUCUAAGGGCCAUAGUCGAGGCUUUGAGUAAGAUCCCACCUUCCGCUGCUCCCUUUGUACAACAUGAGCUGCAAAACGUGGGGUGCCCCACGCCUGGCACAGCCCCACAGGUCCAUGCAGCCGGAGGGAGCCCUGGCUGAAGCAGGGUUUGGGCAGACGCACCUCCAUGCUGUUAAGAAACACCUUUUUUGGGGGGUUUUUUUUUCGGAACUGAGCUAAUGAGGUUGGUUAAAGCUCCCAGGUGACGGCAAGAAGCUGCCACCCAAUGUGGCUGCAACAGCAUUGGCCUUCACCACUCCCAGAUCUGCAGGCUCUGGUUGAAAACCUGUCCCAGGCACUGGGACGGGGUGAGCUUGGGCUGGAACGCAGAUUUCAGUCAUCCCCGUGGUGCUCACUGAUGCGUCUGAGCACCAGGACGAUGAAGUCGUACCAGAAGCUGACAACGGCGGUGCCGCAGCCGGCGGCGUGCUGGGUGGAGGAGGAAGGGUCCGCCCCGACGCCUGCCGGCCGUGGGAAGCUGGCCCCAUGGUGGGUGGGCAGCGGGCUGCUGGUGGCCGCUGUGCUGCUGAGCACUGUCACCGUCUGGGUGCUGCGGCAAGUAUCGGGGGGCUGGCCCGGACCCACGCCACCCCCCAAAUGUCUCCUGAUACCCGAAAGCCACCGCUUUGACUGCUACCCGGAGCGGCACGUGGUGGUGACCCAGGAGCUCUGCGAAAGCCGGGGGUGCUGCUUCAUCGAGAGCCCCCUGCCAGCGGGGGGCAAGCAGGGGGUGCCCUGGUGCUUCUACCCCCCUGACUUCCCCAGCUACACCCUGGAGAGCCUCAACCAGACGGCACUGGGCAUGGUGGGGUUGCUGGUGCGGAGGGAGAAGGCCUAUUACCCCCGGGACAUCGAGAUGCUGAGGCUGGAUGUGGAGUUUGAGACGGACACGCGGCUGCACAUCAAGAUAACGGAUGCGGCCAACCCACGGUACGAGGUUCCCCUCGAGGUUCCCCCAGUGAUGAAGAGAGCAGAAAACCCCAUCUAUAGCCUGGACUUCUCCCGAAACCCCUUUGGGGUGCUGCUGCGGCGCAAGGCGACGGGGACAGUGCUGCUCAACACCACUGUGGCCCCCUUGAUCUUCGCUGACCAGUUUCUCCAGAUAUCCACAUUGCUCCCGUCCAAGUUCCUCUACGGGCUGGGGGAGCACCGUGGCACCCUCCUGCACAGCCUGGACUGGAGCACCCUCACGCUGUGGGCCCGCGACGUCUCUCCCACGGAAUCGUUCAACCUGUACGGCGCUCACCCCUUCUGCCUGGUGAUGGAGGAGGGUGGAGAUGCUCACGGGGUUUUCCUCCUCAACAGCAACGCGAUGGAGGUGGUCCUGCAGCCUGCUCCGGGCCUGACCUGGAGGACCAUCGGGGGGGUGCUGGAUUUUUACAUCUUCCUGGGGCCUGAUCCCAACAUGGUCAUCCAGCAGUACCAGCAGGUGAUAGGCUUCCCGGCCAUGCCCCCGCUCUGGGCACUCGGCUUCCACCUCUGCCGCUGGGGCUACGGAUCCAGCAACGAGACGUGGCAGACCGUGAGAGCCAUGAGGAACUACCAGAUCCCCCAGGAUGCGCAGUGGAAUGACAUCGAUUACAUGGACGGGUACCGGGACUUCACCUUCGAUCCCCAGAAAUUUGCCUCCCUCCCCUCGCUGGUGGAAGACCUCCACAAACACAGGCAGCGCUACGUUAUGAUCUUGGAUCCCGGCAUCAGCAGCACCAAUCCUCGCGGUUCCUACUGGCCUUUCGAUGAAGGCUUGAGACGGGGCUUGUUCCUCAACACCACCCAAGGGCAGCCGCUCAUUGGGCAGGUCUGGCCCGGCUUCACUGCCUUUGCAGACUUCUCCAACCCAGACACGCACCAGUGGUGGCUGGAGAACCUGCAGCACUUCCAUGCCCAUGUGCCCUUCGAUGGCCUCUGGAUCGACAUGAAUGAACCAUCCAACUUCAUGGAUGGGUCUGAAGACGGCUGCCCCCCGGGAGAGCUCGACAGCCCACCCUACACGCCAGCCGUGCUGGGCGAUUCCCUCUCUGCAAAGACGGUGUGUGCCUCGGCGAAGCAGAAAGCCUCGGUGCACUACAACCUCCACAACCUCUACGGGCUGAUGGAAGCCAAAGCCACGGCGAGCGCCUUGAUCCAGAUCCGGGGCAAGCGUCCCCUCGUCAUCUCCCGCUCCACCUUCCCCAGCCAGGGCCGGUACUCGGGCCACUGGCUGGGCGACAACCGGAGCCAAUGGAAGGACAUGUAUUACUCCAUCCCAGGGCUGCUGAGCUUCAGCCUCUUCAGCAUCCCGCUGGUCGGGGCGGACAUCUGCGGCUUCUCCGGCAGCACCUCGGAGGAGCUGUGCACCCGCUGGAUGCAGCUCGGCGCCUUCUACCCCUUUGCUCGCAACCACAACACCCAGAACGAGAAGGCCCAGGACCCGACGGUGUUCAGCCCUGCGGCGAGGACGGCCAUGAAGGACGUGCUACUGAUCCGCUACUCCCUCCUGCCCUUCCUCUACACCCUUUUCCACCGUGCCCACCUGCAAGGGGACACUGUCGCCCGGCCCUUGUUCUUUGAGUUCCCCCGGGAUGUGGCCACCUUGGGGCUGGACAGGCAGUUCCUGUGGGGCCGGAGCCUGCUGGUGACACCGGUGCUGGAGCCUGGGGUGGACUCAGUCACGGGCUACUUCCCCCGAGGCGUGUGGUACGACUUCUACACGGGCUCCUCAGUGAACAGCAGCGGAGAGAUGCUGAAGAUGUCAGCCCCCCUGGAGCACCUCAACCUGCAUGUCCGGGAGGGUGCCAUCCUGCCCACCCAGAAACCGGGGACCACCAGCGAGGCGACCCGAGGGAAUCCCCUGCGCCUCAUCGUGGCUUUGUCCCAGAGUGCCACCGCGUGGGGGGACCUCUUCUGGGACGAUGGCGAGAGUCUGGACACCUUCGAGCGGGGCAGCUACUCCUACCUGGUGUUCAACGUCACGCAGAACAUCUUCACCUCCACUGUCCUCCACGCCAGCGCCGAGGCUACCGAGGUCACCAUUGGCACACUGAGCAUCUUUGGGGUGCGGAAGCCACCCAGCAAGGUCCUCCUGAAUGGCCAGGAGAAGCCCUUUUCCUACCUGGACAAUGAGGUUCUCACCGUCAGCGACCUGGGCCUCAGCCUCAGCCAGGGCUUCUCCCUGCAGUGGCUGUGAGCGGGGGGGCUGCGGGGUGACCCCCACCUCGCCGAGACCACCCAUCGGGGGGAUGCUCGAUGCUCCAGCCCUCGAGGCCGGGAUGCCACCGCGGAGGAGGCGGUGGGGACUGUCACCUGCCGCCAUGCGGCCCCCCCCUCCAGCACGGCUGGGGACGGGGGGGGGCUU